AUGUCACCUUCUUCCACUAUUCAAGAACAAACAAUUGCUAGCACCACCACUACUGACACUGACCUAAUCCAAGAAAUAAAAUUACAAAAUAAGAAAAAAAAUAAUGAAAAUGAACAUUUAACUUCUGUACAUACAGUCAAACAAAAACCAAUUAAUCAUAGAUUACAAGUUUCUUUGAAAAAUCGUUACUCUCCACAUUUAAACGGAAUUGAUGAUUAUAAAAAACUUUACAAACAGUCAAUUGAAGAUCCAGAAACUUUCUAUAAAGAAAAAGCUUAUCAAUUUUUAAAUUGGUCAAAACCAUUUGAUAAAACUUUUAUUUCGGAUAAUAAUGGUUUGCCUUCUUUAAAAAAUAAUGCAUGGUUUAUUAAUGGACAAAUUAAUGCUUGUUACAAUUGUGUCGAUAGACAUGCAUUGAAAAAUCCAAAUAAAAUUGCACUAAUUUAUGAACCUGAUCAAGAUUCAAAUAAUUUAAAAACUACUUACACUUAUAAAGACUUAUUGGAACAAGUUUCAAAAUUGGCUCAAGUUCUAAAGUAUUCAAUGAAUGUUAAAAAAAAUGACACUGUUUCUGUUUAUAUGCCAAUGAUUCCACAAGCAAUUAUUACUUUGUUAGCCAUUGCAAGAAUUGGAGCCAUUCAUUCAGUAGUAUUUGCAGGAUUUUCUUCAAAUUCUUUAAGAGAUCGUAUAAACGAUGGUAAUUCGAAAGUAGUUAUUACUGCGGAUGAAUCGUUAAGAGGUGGUAAAAUUAUUGAAACUAAAAGAAUUGUUGAUGAUGCACUUAAAGAGACACCACAAGUUGAACAUGUUUUAAUCUUUAAACGUACUAAUAAUUCAAAUGUAAAUUAUCAACAUCCAAGAGAUUUAGAUUGGUCCACGGAAAUGAAAAAAUAUAAAAAUUACUAUCCAUGUGAGUCUGUCGAUUCUGAACAUCCAUUAUUUUUAUUAUAUACUUCUGGUUCAACAGGAACACCAAAAGGUGUUCAACAUUCUACUGCAGGUUAUCUUUUAAAUGCUUUAUUAUCAAUGCGUUACACUUUUGAUGUUCAUCAAGACGAUGUGUUUUUCACUGCAGGUGAUAUCGGUUGGAUUACUGGCCAUACAUAUGUUGUUUAUGGUCCAUUAUCAUAUGGAUGUACCACUUUGAUAUUUGAAGGGACCCCAACUUAUCCAAAUUGUUCUCGUUAUUGGCAAAUCAUCGAUAAACAUAAAGUGACACAAUUUUAUGUUGCUCCAACUGCUUUAAGAUUAUUGAAAAGAUCUGGUGAUGAAUAUAUCCAAAAUUAUUCUUUAAAAUCAUUACGUUCUUUGGGGUCCGUUGGUGAACCAAUUGCCGCUGAAGUCUGGGAAUGGUACUAUGAAAAAAUUGGUAAACGUGAAAUUCCAGUAAUUGAUACUUAUUGGCAAACUGAAAGUGGUUCUCAUUUGAUCACUCCAUUAGCUGGUGGCGUUACUCCAAUGAAACCUGGAUCUGCAUCUUUACCAUUUUUUGGUAUCGAACCAGCUAUUUUGGACCCACAAACUGGUACAAGAUUAGAUUCAGAUAUAAGGAAUGAACAUUGUGAAGGUGUUCUUGCCAUUAAACGUUCUUGGCCAUCAUUUGCAAGGACUAUCUGGAAAAAUCAUGAUAGAUUUGAAGAUACAUAUCUAAAUCCCUAUCCUGGUUACUAUUUUACGGGUGAUGGUGCUGCUAAGGAUAAGGAUGGAUACAUUUGGAUUCUUGGUCGCGUUGAUGAUGUUGUCAAUGUUUCUGGCCAUAGAUUAUCUACUGCUGAAAUUGAAGCUACAUUAAUAGAAGAUUCACUUGUAGCUGAAUGUGCCGUUGUAGGUUUUAAUGAUGAUUUAACUGGUCAAGCUGUUGCAGCGUUUGUUGUUUUGAAAAAUAGAUCAAGUUGGUCUAAUGCUUCAGACGAUGAAUUAAGUAACAUUAAAAAACAUCUAAUUUUAACUGUUCGUAAAGAUAUUGGUCCAUUUGCUGCGCCUAAAUUAAUUGUUAUUGUUGAUGAUUUACCAAAGACUAGAUCUGGUAAAAUUAUGAGACGUAUAUUGAGAAAAAUUUUAGCAGGUGAAUCUGAUCAAUUAGGUGAUAUUACCACGUUAUCAAAUCCAAAUGUUGUUAAACAUUUGAUUGAUUCUAUCAAAUUGUGA